CCGAUUCAGUUUACAACGGAAAGUUUUAAAAGACAGUCGUGAAUCGCGGGUAAUUAUUGAUAAUAAACGGUUAAUGGAAAGUAACUUUCCUUUGCCCCAUAUUUAUGAAAUCAAAAUCUCCAAAAAGGCAUUGAAAUCUAAAAUAGUUGCGAAAAGAUAAAUAUACGACUAUACUUGUAAAUUGGGUUUAAACUACAACAUAGAAUCGCAUUAAUAAAUACUAGACUAUCGGUAUUUUGUUGAUGGCUGCAACCAAAAUUAUAGAUGCUCCAAGAAAUGGACAUGAAAUGGCGCCAUUAAAUACUCGAGCGCGGGGCGAUGGUACUCAUGGAGUAACAAUUGUUCUUACUGCUUCUCAGCGAAAUUCGGUAAGCUCAGUGGAGGUACCGGGUGGCGAGCCCGAUCGUGCAGCAUGGUCUGGAAAAAUGCAGUUUUUCCUCAGUAUAAUCGGAUAUUCUGUUGGUCUGGGAAACAUUUGGCGAUUUCCGUAUUUGUGCCAACAGAAUGGUGGAGGUGCUUUUCUAAUACCGUUCAUGGUGAUGUUGAUACUGGAAGGUGUGCCGUUGUUUUUAAUAGAACUGGGUAUUGGACAACGUAUGAGACUUGGCGCACUUGGUGUUUGGAACACUAUACACCCUUGGCUGGGUGGUAUUGGAAUAUCAUCCUGUAUCGUAACACUGUUUGUAGCCUUAUAUUAUAAUGUUAUAAUAACCUGGGUAUUCUUCUAUUUAUUCAACAGUUUUCGGUAUCCUUUACCCUGGGCUACCUGUCCUACAAAUGGCACAGUUGAAGUAGAAGAAUGUGCCCGUUCAUCAGAAACUGCGUACUUUUGGUAUAGGACAACUUUAGAUGCCGCACCAUCGAUGGAUGAACCAGGCGGCUUAAAGUGGUGGAUUGUCCUCUGUUUGUUCCUAUCUUGGACAAUCGUAUUUUUUAUUGUAAUGAAAGGCAUUCAAAGUUCCGGCAAGGUUGUGUACUUCACAUCGCUUUUCCCGUAUAUUGUGUUGACAAUUUUUUUUAUACGAGGAAUUACAUUAAGAGGUGCUAGUGCUGGUCUUAUACACAUGUAUACACCGAAAGUGGAGAAAUUGGCCGAUCCGACAGUAUGGUUGGAUGCAGCGACACAAGUUUUCUACUCUUUUGGUCUAGCUUUUGGAUCGCUCAUAGCAUUUGGAAGUUACAAUCCGCCCAAAAAUAAUUGUGUACGUGAUGUCCUUUUAGUGUCGGUGUGCAAUGCUAUCACCGCCAUAUACGCAAGCGUCGUAAUUUUUGCCAUUCUCGGAUUCAAGGCAACGGUCAAUGUGGAUCGUUGUAUCGAACUUAAUAAGGACAUCUUAAUCAAACAUGAUUUACUUCAUUACAAGAAUGCAACAUUUGAAGAAUACGAAUCAGUGAUGGCAAAAGUUAACGGUAGCGAGUCCAUCAACUUGGAACUUGAAGAAUGUAGCCUAUCAAAACAACUGGACAAUGCUGCAGAGGGCACUGGAUUAGCGUUUAUUGUUAUUACUCAGGCUAUUGUGGAGUUACCUGGUGCCCCAUUCUGGGCAGUUCUGUUCUUUACAAUGUUACUUUCUUUAGGCCUGGGAUCUCAAAUUGGCAUACUGGAGGGAAUGCUUUGUACACUUUUUGACAUUGAUAUCAUUAAACGGGUUAAGAAACAACAUGUGACAGGGGUGGUAUGUCUAUUCUGCUUCAUUGUCGGUUUCAUCUUCUGUACAGGUGCCGGUGAAUAUUGGCUCAAAAUGUUUGACUCAUUUGCGGGCACCAUUGGUUUGGUUGUGGUCGCAUUGAUGGAAACAAUUGCAGUGGUAUACGUCUACGGACACGAGAGAUUUACAGAAGAUAUUUAUCAGAUGACUGGUUACCGACCCGGUAUAUACUGGCAAUUAACUUGGCGUUAUAUUGGCCCAGUCAUUAUGGUGGCCAUUCUGGUUUCCUCCGUCGUGUUCAUGGUCAUCAAAAAUCCAACGUAUGGAGCCUGGAAUGCACAACUCGGAGCUGUUCAACAAUCUAAUUAUCCAACAUGGGUAAUGGGAGUCGCAUUAGCAAUGAUUCUUGCUGGUGUUUUGCCAAUGCCCAUUGUGUUUUUGAUGCGAAGCUUCCAAUGCCUAAAAGUGGAUCUAGACAUCCAUCAGGGCUCAAUAAGGAGAAAUGAGACUACAGCGUCGACAAAGGAAAUGAUCGAUAAUGAUGACGAUGAGGUUAUGAGUCCUGAUAUGCCUCCUCAGAACUUACUUGCAGCGACAAGGUUCACUAUUGGAGACUUUGAUGAUGACGAAGAUGAUUAUAGUGGUCCCUCCUUGGGGGGGCCCGUUAGAACACGAAGCGACUCUUCGGAUGAUGAAGAUGAUGACGACCGGCCUGUGACAAUGCGAAAUUCCAAUCUUCGCUCCAAACUGGCUGUACCAAUUCAUCUAAAUGUGCCAACAAGUAAACGCUCAUUUAAAAUGGAAGUUUUUGAUCUGUAAUAUACUUAAGUUUGGAAGUAAUUAGUAAUUAAGAUGUUAUGCUUGAUUGUUUACUUUGAACUUUAAACUAUAAUAAUUUUAAUUUGUCAUUAACUCCGAAUCUAAAUAAUUUAAUUGAAAUAAGGAUAGUUUUUUCAUUACAUGCAUAGUUAACACCAUUUAAAAUUAAAAAAUAUAUACACUAUUGACGCUCAGAGUAAAAUCAAUGUUUAAAUGUAUGAAUAUAUACAUAUAUAUGUACAUACCCCUACACUCGUGACCACGCAAAACUUAUCACACAAAAUGUUCUAGUAGUGUGCAUAUUUAACUACAUUUUAUAGGUUAUUAAUCAGCUAUAGAUAAAUCAAUUGAAAGAUAGUGAGCUUUACAAAAUGAGCUCGAAUUGUAAGGAACUGUCCAGCGAAGAAAAAAUUAUAUUUUUUAUUUUAAUUUCAUUUGCACUAUAUUUGAAAUUAAUAUUUUAUUUAAUUUUUUGAAUUGAAACACGAAGUUUAGUAGGUGCAUCACUUUAAAACAAAAAAAUCUACCGCUUUUGUAUAAGCACAGAAAAGCUAUUUUGUGUUUUACUCAUUAAACGUAAUAAAUUAAAAACUUUAAUUAUAGUUAGAUAAUAUAAUUUAGUUUACUUAUGAUUACUAAAAACAUAAAAAAGCAAAAUUGAAAAAAAGCCCGAAAGAACGAAAAAGUCCAAAAAAAAAAAUUUAAGAAAGUAUAGUAGUAAGGCUUACGUGGCCACGCGUGUAAAAGAAAUGACAAUGAAAAUAUGCAUGUGCACACAUGUAUGUCCAUAUGUAUUUAUCUAAGUCUGUGUUAAAAAAUACUUAAUUAAGUACAUACACCCUGACUCACUUGAAUAGGUACAUAUUUCAUUUUUAAGAUUCCAGCAUAUGUAUGUCUCUUCAUUUAGACAUCGCAAACGGCUCCGUUUUAGCUUGGAGCUUGGACUUGUUGAACAAGUCAAAAAAUAUGUUUUAUUUGAAUACGUUCAUAUUGUGAUGCGCUAUUGAGAAAGCUGGUCCGUUUAGGAGAAAUUAAUAAAAUUCAGGUCUUUUUAGUGAAUAUGGGACUAGCAGAUGCCAUUUCUGAUGUCGAAAAGACCAAAUUUGAAGCUUUUGCGGAUCAAAGCCUUUCUGCGCUAACGAUUGCUUCUAAAAUUAAUAGAAGUGCAAAUAUCGUUGUUUUUACGGUUCGAUGCCUUAUCAGAAAAUAUGAAAGGAAGUCAAGUCGAGUGACUUUGUAGCAAAAAUAAAAGCGAAAAGUUGUUUCCGUGCCAGUAUUUCCACUGUGAGAAGAAUAACAAAAAGUUUUCAGCAUCUGGUGCUCAAAAAACCAAAACCUAAAUGCUUAACGGAAGGAUACAAGGCUACAGUUUUGGAGCAUGUCACAUGUGUUGGAAAAAUGAAUCGAAAUCGGUCAUCAACGGUUCCGACAGAUUUAAUUUUUAUUUCGGGGUAGAUGUUCCACAAGAUUUAGGAUAGAUAGAUUUCUGACUAGAAUUUUAUUAAUUACCCUAAAUUUUAUUAAUUAUGCUAAAUACUAAAGUGAUUAAUUUGAAAACCUAUAAAACAUUUACACUUGUAAGUCAUGGAAAUUAAAAUCACAUUUUUUGAGUUAUUCAAUAAAAUACUCCAUAUAAGCAAAAUUUUGAAAGGUAUAUUAUUCAUCUUCACAACAUUUGUUCAAAAUAGAUCCAUCUUUAAAACCAAGUUAAGGCAGAGCUUCUCUUUAAAUCAAGAGAUAAAGACUCGUAUUUUAAAAAUAAAAUAUGCAAUUAUUCAAGUGGAUCGGAGUAUAUGUACAUACAUACAAACUACAAUAGUGAUUUAUUUACUAGAAAAAGUAAAUAAUAGCGGGUUUCGGUGCGCCAAGGGUUGAACUUGCGGUACAACCUUGCACUAACAUGCUUUCUGACGCAUGUGCAAUUGCUCCUUUGGCGGGGAGAACUUUAUUCCGCGUUAUAAAAGUAUUAUUUGUUAUUCGUUAUAUAGUAUACCUUUAUGUUACUAAUUAUUUACUCAUGUAUACAAACUUGUGCACUGUUAAAUAUGCACAAGUGUCGAAUACUGUUUAGACGAACUUUAUAACAAGGCUGAAAGCAGUGAGCAAAGAUAGCGACCAAUGAAAUUAUGAAUUGGAAACAGAUAUUCGGCCCUAUUCCCGUUUCCAAGUUGUUUUCGAUGUUAUCGUCGCUUCAUUCCUAAAUAUCGUAACGUCAAAGAAGAGUUAUCGAAAAUUUUAAAUUAAAAUUAAGCGUAUGACAAUGUCCAACAUCGACGCUAUAUUUAAAGUUGUUAUUUUUUGUUUUGCAGAAAAUAUUUCAACCAUUUUGUAAAUUUAAUGUCCGGUUUUACUUUACCACUAUUUCCCAUAGGUGCUCCGACUCGCUAACGGUGAAGUUCGGGGUUCUUUUGUUUUUCAUCCCUUUUCGAUAUAAAUUUCCUCUCAAAUUUAUGUAUUGUCUGUUAUAAUUUAAAUAUUUCAAACGUAUUUUUAUGGAUGAGAUUUGUAAAACAUGGGCAACAUAUGUGCAGUUUAUCAUAAUAAAAUUUUAUAAAAAUAAGCAAUGACUGUGAAACGGACUACUCAGUCUGCAGCAAUGCUAAGCGAAGACUUUAUUUGGGCACAACUUAAGUAUGGACUGUGAAACCGGGCAUAAGUAUAAUAAGACUUCUGUUGCCAUAGUUACAGAUUUAUUUUCAUUUAUUUUUAUUUUGAAUUUUAAUGAAUAAUUGUUAGGUAUUACAAUUUGAGUACCUAAAAGACAAGAAUAUAUGACACAAAACAGUAUAAUACAUAUAAUAUGUAAGUAUACGAAUUGGUGUGGGAUUUUAUUUAACGCAGUCUUAAUUAAAUCGUUUUUGUGGCAUUUUAAUAAUUUUUUCCAUAUUUUAUAUAGUAACAAAACUUUAAAUUGCAAUAACGAGAAAUUUUAAUUAAGCAAAGUAGUUAGUAACCGAACGAGAGACAGGGGCUCAAGGUUAAUUCUCAAGACAACCGGUUCUAUGUUAUUUCACUGUUAUUUCGGCGAACUAACCCUGUUUCAAUCGAUGUGUUUUUGGUUAUGAUUUCCCUCAGUAAAGCAAUUCCUAGCAACAGGGUUGCUCCGCAUCCUUCUGAUCCGUACUGGCAUUGAGUACAAUCCGAGCCCGGAAGAAUUUUGCAGCUGCGUUUGCGCUAAAAGGCUCCAUCAAAACUAAACCUCGGUUAGAAGUAAUAUAUGCAAUGGAUGGAACCAUCUUAAGACCUGCUCAGGCCUUAAGAAACAGAAGGAGUAGACCACAAGUGACCCCAUUGUGACAACUUUCUCACUCCCAGGAUUAUCCACAGACACCCAUGACAAACCCGAUUACUACAAAUCAACUGUGACAGACUCCAGAGUAAGAUCGAGGAGAUAGUUGCAUUCAUGAGCUGGGAAUGAGUUGAGUCUUGAUAGCUGCGGUCUAAAUAUCCAAAUAAAAUAGCCGCUCAGAUCUUCUAAGUUGUUCAGGUUUCAACGUUAUAUGUAAGGAUUGCGACCGAGAUACUGGUGUAGGCCUAGCCAUCAUAAUGCACAACAUCGUCGCAUCGAUGGCGACAUUCACCUCAGGGAUACUACCCUUGAAUAUCAGGCGAUAGCUGUCCGGACAGGCGAUGUCAAGCCCAAAAUAUUUAAUAUAUACAUCAUCCUGGAUAUCACCCGAAUAGAAUUAUGGUCACAUUGCUAGUGGUGGUCUGAUAAAUAGCAUAACUUGGCGACCUUUGGACUACUGUCAAGGCCUUGUCUAAUCCGAGACCCCAAAGAAGUACUCGAAAUUUUUUAGAUAUGGUUAUUGAUACUCUCAUUGAAUUUAAAUUCUAAAUGAGAAAAUUCUACACAUUCAUAUACAUAGUUACAUACUUAGAAUUAUAUAUUUUAUAUAUACGAAAAGAAAUAAAAUGCGGCUAACAAAUAUUUGAGCACUAUAAUUCAUGGUUGCAAGUUUGCUAAAAGUCGAUUUUUCCUAACGUUUUAUGAACGGCUGUCGGAAUUAUUAGAAGCUAUUCUCGCGGCUGUUGAAAAACUUUGAGAUUAUUCGAAAAUAUUCGGGGUUCGCAGAAUAGUGGUUUCCAAUAGUGGUGUAUCUAAAAAUAUCAAAUCUUGUAAAUCAAUUUUCCGCUAUUAUUAUUAACUAAUUUUUACUACAUAUGUAUGACAUAUACGAUAAUUUUCAAAUUUAAAAAAGAACAUUUUAUAUUCCGAGCUUUGGGAUACCUCUUAAGAUUAACUAUUAUUUUAUUAGAUUUUAAUUAGUAUAUAUAUUUAUUGUUCUCCGGUUUUUAUGAUAUUUUCAUUUCUUAUAUUUUGAUCAAUCAUUGAUUGUACAAUAAUACAAUUUCAAAUAAUAGUAACAAUUUUUUCCAGUCAUUCUUAAUUAAGGCUACAUUUUUGAAUAAUUUAUUAAGUUAUUGAGAGCACAAAUAUAUUCUAAAUCGAUCUUAUAUGCCAUAGAUAUAAGAUAACAACUGCUUUGCUAUCUAGUGUUUUUUUAAUUUUCAAAAAAGCCUACUUAAAGAACUUAUUUUAUUUUAAGAUUUUUGAGAAACAAUCAGAAAUCAACAACCCGAAGAAACUUUAUCACUAGUAUUAGUUUAAUGCUAGGUUAGAAAAUAAGUACAGGAGGUUCGAAUUUCUGAUUGUCAUAGAACGCUGUUGUGAAAACGAAGAAAGAAGUAAUACCCUAUCAGGCGAACGCGACAAAAGAGAUAUAAACAUUUCCAAACAUAGACAACACCUUUAACAGAUAUUUGCUAGAUAUUUGCACAAGAUACAUAACACAAGAACUCAAUAAAUCCAUAAAAGGGUUAGAUUUCGAAAGACAGUUUUAAAAUAAUUUUAUUUAUUAUUUUUAGUAUUUGUAACACUGUGCACUGUGUUAUUAUAUAUACUAUAUAUAUAUAUGGUGUAUACAUAUGCGAAAGUAAAUAAAAUGUGUAGAUUUGUAUAGAUUUUCGAGGUUUGUUGAAAAACCUGGCUUUAAACUGGCUAUACGAGUGUGUAUGCUGGCAUUACGAAUUUUAGAUUGUUUUAGUCAGAUUUGCUCGAAAGGAUGAGUAAUGUUGAGAAAGUAUGUUAGGGGUGUAUGGGUUAUUAAUGGCACUCACUAGUUAUUUCACAAAAAACUUAUUAUAGACUUUUUGAUCAUCUUAAAUAGGUCCUCGAACCUUGAAAUUGUACUGGUACCGUGAAAGAUACCGUAAAGUUAAGGAUGUGUUCUAUACGUACAAUGAUACAAGACUAUUACUUGUAUAACAUUGUUAAUGAAGCAAAAAAUACGAACAUCUAAUUUUUUCAGCACACAUCACCAUAUUAAAAUUAGAAAUAAAAGCUUAGUUUUUUAGGAUGUCAGUUAAUUACGACAUAAAUGUGUGAUAUACAGGUAUUAAAUGAUAUUCGCUAAAAAAUAAAUAGGAUGUAAAUAUUUCAAACGAAUACAGUAAUUAACGCAACGCUUAAGCGAUAUAAAUACAAAACUAGAAUUAGCUAACAUAAAAUGCUUGUGUUAAGCCUACUGAAGAAUGUUAAUCUUCUACUUACAUACUAUAUAUGUAUUUGCUGUAAAUAUUUUUAUGUAGCAAUACAAACGUUUUGGUUUAAGUUUCGUUUAGCCAAUAUGAACCCAUUAAGUUAAAAAAUGCCAACAAUCAACAAAGCUUCAUGUAUGGUAUUGUUAAAUAUUGUCAACUAUGCUGCUUUUAUUUUUGCAUUCAGUAGUAACAAUACACACUUAUAUAAAACACUGAGAAUUAAUACAUACAAGUAUGCAUAGUAUUUGUUUAAUUAGAAAUGUAAGUUGUAGGAGCAUUGAAAUAAGGUUUUUAAGUUUUUUUCUCUUUGAAUUUUUAUUACAAUUAAACUUUAUAAGAUUGUGUCGUGAGAAGAUAAGCAAAAAUUUGUCAUAAGUGUUUUCACUCGUAAUGUUAAAAUCAUGUGUUUGCUUUCAACAAUACUACUGAUGGUCAAAUUGAAAGGUGAAUUUUUAAUUUAUAUUUCGCGUGUUUUUCGAAUCGGUAAAUUUGUUUUUCUGUAAGUUGGUAGUACUGUAGUGGCAUCUAUUCUAAAUUUCACGUCAAAAAAAUUCCUUAGUACAUAUUUGAGAUACGCGUCGUUUUGUGAAGUUCUAAAAGUGAAUUCUUCGAUUUUUACUAUGUCUGAAUUCAUUGAACAAAGAAGUGCGAUAAUGCGAUGGAUCUCAUAGUGCAUUGGUUAUUCGUGAUCAUUUCGCCACAUUUUCAACUAAAAUCGUGCCGUGUAACUUCUGGCUAUUCAGCAAAUUCAUAUGACCACUCCGAGGACACCGUUUGGACUCAAUUGAGCUGAAAUCGAAGAAGGCUCUGAUGGCCAUCAUGACGGAGGACUUUUUCAAGUGCUAUGAUGACUGGAAAAUUCAUUGGCAUAAGUGUAUUGCAGCAGGAGGGGAUUACUUUGAAGGAGAUGAAAUGGACAAAAUUCAACUUUCAAUUUGAUCACAGUAGUAUAAAACUUUCCAGCGAUUUUGAUUUAUGAGAGAUCAAAAGACAAACAAAAAACACAUAAAAGUUUAUUUGUCAUUGACGAUUAAAGCUGGAAACACACUCUCUAGUAAUACAACCUUAUAUAAUUGAAUCAUGGUACUUUCUAAAGGACGUUAUAUGAGAAUAAAAGCUGUGCCACGAAAAUUAGGUUUUCAUUUUGAGUCAUGUUCUUUUCUUUAAAAAAUACUUAGCCUUCCAAAUAAAAUACUAUAUAGUUACUAAUAACUUAAAGAGGUUUUUUAAAUGCCUUACCGCAGGUGCGGGAAUUUAAAGACCUUUCAUGAGUGAAAAAUGUUUAUGCUCUUGCAACCAGUUGCUACAGGGUAUUAUAGUUACCACCUAAAACUAAGCGAGAUAGAUAUAAGGAUAUGUAUAUAUAAAUGAUUAGGGUGACGAAGAGUUGAAAUCCGGUUGAUUGUCAGUCUCUCCGUCCGUCCGUCAAGCUGAAACUUGAGUAAAAAUGAAGAUAUCUUGAAGAAACUUGGUAGGUGGGUUCCUUAGUACAAAAAAAAAUCGAGUUCGUAGAUGGGUAUUACCGGACCACUGCCACGCCCACAAAUCACCAUUAACCGAAAACAUAUAAAGUGCCAUAACUAAGGAAUAAAUUAAGCUAUGAAGCUCUAAUUUGGCACAGGGCAUCGCAGUAGUCAGGGGCACAUGUAGGCAAAUAUUUUUGAAAAAGUGGGCGUGGCCCCGCCCUCUAAUAAAUUUGUUCAUUAAACUCUCCUAAACCAAUAAAUCUACAAUAACCACACUCACCCGGCUCAAAUAUUAUAAAAACUCCUACCGACAGUGUGAAAAUGAAUGAAAUCGGAAGAUAACCGCUCACACUCCACAUAUAACGGUUUCGUUAAAAACUACUAAAAGCGCGAUAAAUCAAUAACUGAAUAAGCCAGAAACAUUAAAUUUUAACAGCCAGUUGUUAUGAGAGAGCUUUAUUGGAACCGGUAUAAAAAUUGAACCGUGGCACCGCCCACAUUUUGGUGAAACCUCGUUCGAUUUCGACAAAAUUUUGUACGUGAUAUUCUUUUCAUAUUACUAUGUCACAGGGCGAAAUCGGAGUACAACCUCACUCCAUAUAGCAAAAUUUCAGAUUCCACAAAUCAAGAAGAAAUUAAUAUAACGCGGUGAAACUUUGCAAGAAUAAUGCCGUUAGUGUAUGCCAUGUUAUGAUCAAAAUGGGUUGAAUCUGGCCAAUACUUUCCUUAACCCCCAUACACCUGAUAUAAAGAUUUUCGAACUUCCGGGAGACUCUGUACAGCAUAUAUCGGCCAAUAUGUGAGUUAUCCGAAUGAAAAUAUGAGAGCGUGUUUUAUUCAUAACAGUGUAUCUAGAUAAAUUUAAGCGGAAACUUGGCUUAGCCCCUAUAUAACUAACAUCAGGAUUUUCUAACAUCCGACUGACUUUACUCUAUAUUAUUGGUUAUAUACUAUAUAAAGUAUUUCCCUGGCUUUGGUUCUUGUAAGUUGAAAGAGUAUACAAUUUUCGGUUGCAUCCGAACUUAGCCCUUCCUUACUUGUUCAUAAUGUCUUUAUUAUUGAUUUGCUUGUAUUUUUAUCAAAUUUUUUAAAUCUAGCUUAUCUAAUUAAAUGCAUAUGUACGUUUUACUAUGUAUGUUGACACACAUGGAACAUGAGGUUGAUUUUAAUUGUGCAACUCAAUGCAUGUGCGUGUGUCUGUUCGUAUGUAUAUUGUGUCAUAUGAAUUAUUUUCAAUUGUACAUAUUUAUAAUGCCUAAAUGUAUUUUUAGAAGCAUUAUUUUAUCAGUGCAUAUAUUUAUUUAUGUCUGAAUGAAGUCAUGACAAAUAUUUUAUUAAUUUUAAAUUAGAUUUCGCAUUUAUAACGGUAGUUUAUAAUUUUAUUUUUAAUAUGACUUGCUCUCUUGCAAAAAUAUCCAAAAUGCGAUAUAUUUUUCAAAAUUGAGGCAGAAGUUGUCAAUUAAUUUUUCAUCAAACGUUCUCGAAAAACAAUUACAUUAUGACAAAAACAUUAUGCUGUAUGCU